ACCUCUCAAAGGCGUCCAACAUAUCGAGGCAGAGUUACCAUCAGCUCAUUAUGCAUUCUCUCUGGGUGUUGGUGUUCCUAGGGGUUGCAGUGGCCGCUCCUCUGGAUGAUGAGGACAAGAUCGUAAAUGGCUAUGAGUGUCCUCCACAUUCCCAGCCAUGGCAAGUCUAUUUCACCUACAAUGGAAACCGCUGGUGUGGUGGAUCCCUUAUCACUGAGAGAUGGAUCAUUUCAGCAGCUCAUUGCUACAAGCAACCCAAGACCUUAAUAGCUCAUCUUGGAGAACAUGAUACAUCAAAGGAAGAAGGCACUGAGCAGCACAUCCAAGUGGAGAAGGCUUAUCAGUUCUUCUACUACAAUCAGUACUAUAUGGAACAUGAUUUUAUGAUGGUCAAACUAGCGGAACCAGCACAGUUCAACAAAUAUGUCCAACCUAUUCCCAUUGCCAGUAGUUGUCCAACUGUGGGAAGUCAAUGUCUCGUGUCAGGCUGGGGAAAUCUAAGGACAUCCGGUGUUCAGUAUCCAGAUAACCUACAGUGUUUGGAUCUUCCUAUCCUGUCGGACUCAACGUGCAAAUCCUCUUAUCCAAACAAAAUCACCGAUAGUAUGUUCUGUGCCGGUUACGUAGAGGGAGGAAAGGACUCCUGUCAGGGGGAUUCUGGUGGACCACUGAUCUGCAAUGGAGAAUUAUAUGGAGUGGUAUCUUGGGGGCAAGGCUGUGCGCAAACUGGAUACCCCGGCGUCUACACCAAAGUCUGCAACUAUUAUGACUGGAUUAAGCAUGUUGUUGAAGACUAUUAACAAGGAGCAAUGACCAUGUAUCUCAUAUCCUUCUGCAUUAAAGCUUCUGACAGUAAAAUGUUCCAGAGUGUGUGUGUUCUGUGAACUGACUGUGGUUAUUGACAAUGCUGG